GCCGUUGAGCUCUGAAUCAAUGGCGGGAUUUGGCGCGAAAAUACCCACUUCCCGCGAAACCAAAUUAGCGCGCCAAACCAGCCGUUGAUUCCAUGUGCUAUAUGUAGAAAUUAGAUUUCUAGUUUUCUUCCGCAAACAAGCGCUACAGGUCCAGAUCUGUUCUUCCUCGUGCCCAGAAACGAGCGGGAAAUGGUUUCCGGUAAAGCCACCAGCGCGGUGGUGCUCCGCCGCAGGACCCAGGCCCCGAGGCCUCGCUCCGUCAGGUCGCGGCGGGAUUACAGCGACGCCUACUGCCAGGAGUGUGGCUCCGGCGAGAACGCCGCCGAGAUGCUGCUCUGCGACAAGUGCGACCUAGGGUUUCACCUCUUCUGCCUCCGGCCCAUCCUCGCCGCCGUCCCAAAUGGCUCCUGGUUCUGCCGUUCCUGUUCCGGCCACGGAAAAGUCCAAUAUUUUCCUCUUGUGCAAACAAAAAUUAUCGAUUUCUUUCGCAUUCAUAGGUCUUCAGAACGAAUCCAAAAGCCUAGCCAAGACAGUCGAAAGAGAAGGCGAGCGAGUAGCUUGGUGGUGUCGAAGAGGAGGAGGAAGCUGUUGCCAUUCAACCCAAGCGAGGAUCCUACAAGGAGAUUGGAACAGAUGGCAUCAUUGGCCACGGCACUGACGGCAACCGGUGCAGAGUUCAGUAAUGAACUUACUUAUAUGACCGGCAUGGCCCCGAGAUCAGCAAAUCGCGCAGCACUGGAACAGGGUGGAAUGCAGGUUUUGUCAAAAGAAGACACCGAAACCCUGCAUUUGUGCAAGAACAUGAUGGAGAGAGGGGAAUGGCCACCCCUUAUGGUUGUUUUUGAUCCCCGAGAAGGAUUCACUGUGGAAGCGGAUAGAUUUAUCAAGGAUUUAACUAUAAUAACGGAGUAUGUCGGUGAUGUUGAUUACUUGAAAAAUCGUGAAAACGAUGAUGGUGAUAGCAUGAUGACGCUUAUAUCUUCUGCUAAUCCUUCAAAAAGCCUUGUCAUCUGUCCUGACAAACGCAGUAACAUAGCUCGCUUCAUAAAUGGCAUCAACAAUCACACCCCGGAUGGGAAGAAGAAACAGAACUUGAAAUGUGUGAGAUUCGAUGUCAAUGGCGAGUGUCGGGUUCUGCUGGUUGCAAACAGAGACAUACCAAAGGGUGAGAGGUUGUACUAUGACUACAAUGGGUAUGAGCAUGAAUAUCCAACUGAGCACUUUAUCUAGCUUCCAAUCCUUUCCAUCCUCAGCUAAUUCUAAAAGUUGACAAGCUAACUGUACAACCUAUUCAAUCCUUUCUAAAUUGGCCCAAACUCAAAUGUACUAGAAUUAUAAUCUAUAAAGAGAAGUCAUGAAAGUUUUGUGUUUA